AUGUACCUAGGAGCUAGGAGUGGAGUGAAGUUUAGAUUCGUUGCCAAAUCGUUUCGCUGCCAUCAACGACAAAACCCCACAGACAACAACAACAACAACAACUAUAACAACAAGAACGACAACAACGACACCAACAACAAGAACAAGCAACACCAAUAUUUAGCACUGUGUGUGUUCCUGCAGCUUUCACCAUUACAGCUUGCAGCAGCAAUUUUAAUUAACAUUGAAUUGUGCCUUCCCCUGCGCCCAGAACUAUGCUUUAAAAUUCCAAUGAAAUAUUUUCAAGAAUAUUUUGCCUGGAUGGACGAAUGAGAAUGAAAAAAGGAGAGAAAUAUAGAAAGAAAAGCAGAAGAACCAACCAAAACCAAUCACAUGAAGCGCUGACUACACACACACACACACACACACACACACUCAUACACACAGACACACACUAAA